GAAAAGCAGACUUAAACGCAGCAAAGAGGGGAAUGUCAUAAAAACAAAUUCUUGUACCUGGGGAUUAAAUUUCCUGUUUGGGUAACAGAUGUGAAUUUAGAAAGUGAAAUGUCAGGAAACUUGGAUCAAGGUGAAAAUGAUGCAUUCUGGAAAAAGAUGACAUGGACAGAGUUGCACGUGGAAUGGAAGGGUCUGAAUGACACGGUUAGACUAGCUGUGAAAGAGGAAAACCAGCAAUGUAUUUAAGUUAAUAUAUAAUUUCAUAAAUGUUAUUUGAAAAUCAAUAUAUGUACAUAUAUAAACGUACUAAAUAUUUUAAGUAGAAAGUUGACUGUUUCACUUAUAUUCUCAAAAGUCUUUAUAGCUUUAACAAAAAACUUCCCUUGGACUUCUCAUCUUUGAAAUGGGUGACGCCUCCGUGUCUGCAGCGCGGCCCCUCGGGCGCAGGGCAGCUUCCGGGGAGCAGCUCUGUCUGGCCUCCGGCCUCCACCCGCGUGCACCCCGCACCCGCGUGUGUGAGGAGUGCGGCUGCGCUGCGUGCGGGAAGGCAGUUGUGUCGCAGCUCGGCCCGGCGGGACGAGGUCGCAGCUUGGAAGCGUGUUUUUGUGCCUUAGGUAGGCGGGCUCCUCCAAGUCACCAGUUCCGGCUGUGAUGCUCUGAGUUACGAUGCGUCUGAACACAUGCCGUCCAGGGACUUGCUGUGACUCGGAGAGCGUGCUUAUGGGGGAAGGCGAUCUCCCUCGGCCCUCCUCGGAUAUGUCAAACGGAGAGGGCCGCGCGGAGCUGACGCCCAGGCGACCCCACAGGUGCGCCCCCGCGGCCGCGCCGCUGCAGGACCGGGGUCACCUGCGUGCUGGGCAGCCUUGCGUGUGCCCCGCCCACGUCACAGGUCCCUACUGCCAGCAGGACCAGAGGCACAGCGAAUGCGGAGACCUGGUGUCCGGAUCCUGGACCUUCUGCGGCUGCCGCCCCUGCAGGCGCGUCUUUGAGGCCCUGCACUGCCUCCCCAGCCAGACACCCGGCCGCUGCUAGAGCAGAAUUUGGGCCACGCACAAGCUGGUAAGCAGAGCCACCCCAGGCAGACAGGUUCCCUAAAAUAAUCUCUCUGUCGGAUUUCUCUGCACUACAUCAACACCAUGUUCUCAACUGUGACAUGCGAAGGGCACCCUGCGGCAGGACGGGAACAGGCCUGGAUGGCCAGGCGCUGCCCUUCAAGGCCACCGCGUCCGUGCCCCCUGGGAAGGAAGGUGCCUUGUACCCACGGCUCAGGCCUGCCACGUAAAUAGAUAAAAGCCAGCGGGGUGUGGAGAACAUGCGGGGUGAACACUCAUUUUGUGAAGAUUCUCAGCAGUUUCCAACUCAAUGCAAAUGUCUCCCUUGUGAAACUGAGUAAGGAAUAUGGAUUUCCUAGGUCCGAACACAGCCGCUCUGCUGAGACGGCGUCUGGGGCAGAGCCCAGGGGCACAGGUGAAGGAGGCACAGAGCUUGCACCCCUCGUCCUUGCUCCGGCCCCUAUUCAGUAAGCGCUGGCCGGGGCAGCGGGGAGGGGCACAGCUGACGGCAGCACAGCCCUUCAGCCCCCUUUGUUAGCCCUGGGCCUUGGGGAGCCCCUCCUCCAGCUCUCCUGUUCCUCCCUGCACUGCAGUCAGCUCUGGGCAAAUCCCACAAUCUAAGGCACACUUAAUAGUAGCAGAAGCCUCCAGUCCCACUUCGCAUCCCCUCGUGCACUGUCCCGACCGCAGUGGAGGGCAGCUCUUGUGGGGUGGAGCCCUUCAAGCCACCUUCCUGCCCCCACCGUUUCGGGGGGAUGCCCUGGGUGGGCCAUGAAUGGAGGACACAGUUCAUGAAUGUUCAGCUUUAAAGCCACCUUCCCACCCCUCCUUCCCUCUUCUGCCCCCUUGGGGAGGAUUAGCAGUCUAGGGACGCUCUUAAUGCGGAUGCAGCCCUUCAGCCCCACUUCAGACCCCCUUGUGCACUGUCCUGACUGCAGGAGAAGGGCGGCCUUGUCAGGUGGAGCCCUGCAGCCCCGCUUCCUUCUCCCCCUUCUUCUCAGCCAGCUCUGCCUGGUGCCAGCAGUGCCUGUAGGGGCGAGUGUGAUUAUAGUGCAAUGUCCUCUUCCUCCCGCCCUCUCCUACUGGGCUCUCCAUUUGCUGGUCCUGCUCACUGGCUGCUCCUUCCAUCCCCCAGAGAAAGGAGGACAUGAAUUAUGAAAUAGGCAUUGGAAUUGCAGGUGGUAGCUGUGUAGCCCUGCGGGUGAAGUCAUUUCCCGCUCAUCACUGGGGCUCCCAGCAUCGGAAUGGGGAAGGGGCUAGCUGGGAUCAUUUCCAGUCUCCUAAGCAAUGCCAGCUUGGGUUCAGAAGCAGGAGAGCAAGGGCUGGGGAUAUCUGCUCACAAUUUCACAUCCUUGGAAACAUCCAAGACUGGGACUGCUGUCUGCCAAGGACAGUGACAGUGACUCCAAAAAUAUGGCUUCUGCUUAUAAAAGUUGAACAAAAUAGUGCAGGCAUCUUUCAGAGUAAUUUGUCAUUUGCGGAAGGGUGGUAAUGCUUUGUAUUCUUUGACCCAUUGAUCCUGCUUCAGUGUGGGUGGCGACGGUGGUGGCUGUGCUGACAGCGGUCAUGAUGAUGUGAGGAUGACACUGAUCGUGAUACCUGUCUGUUAGCUCUCAGUAUAUUUCAGGCACUUGAUACACUUAAUCCCAUUCAAUUCUCCUAACAAGCCUAUGAAAUAGGCAUUAUACCUUUUACAUUUGAGGAAACUGAAGUUUAGAGUGGUUAACUCCUACAGCUAGUAAACAGGAUGAUUCUUUUUUUUCCCUUAAGAGGUAAUCA